AUGUACAUCGAUCACCACAAAUUCAAGGUGCAAGUGCAGGUGCAGGAUGAGAGUGGUAGUGUUUCUUUUGUUAUGUUUGAUAGAGAUGUUCAAAAGCUUCUUGGAUUAGCGGCAAGUGACAUAAGAGAGAGGCAGGUUAAGGCCAAUGAUACUAGAUUCCCUCAUGAGAUAUUUCGAUUGGUUGAUAAGAAGGCUGCUUUUAAGAUUGAUGUUUCAGAGUUCAAUCUUAAAAAUGACUAUCGUAUUUAUACUGUGCAAAAAACAACUGAUGAUCCAGUAAUAAUUGCUGAGUUGGUUGGUGGAGAUGGUAAUGGUGAUGAAAAUACUGAUGAGGUUACUCAAGAGGUAGCUGAGGUUAAAGACGUUAACCUUUCAGACUCUUCUCAGGUGUCUGCUGAACGAACUUCAAGGGUUGUUGUCUCUGUUACGGCCGACUCUUCAGUCGUUGAAGUUGAAAAGGAUUCUGGAUCAAGUCCCAAUGGAAAGCGGAUGGCUCAAGAUGCUGAUGUUGCCAACGUUGGUGAGCUAUCCACUAAUGUGAGAAGAACCCGGAAGAAGGUGACUAAGGUUAACAAUUAG